UACUUGAACCUUUUGAUAUAUAUCUAUUUGAUUGAUUGUUAACGAACAUUGAACUUGAUAAUGGCCGAGGCUGCUGUUGCUGCCGUCAGCCUUGGUGCGUCGGUUAUAAGCUUCAUUGGACUGACAGGCCAAAUUCUUCAAGGCUGUCAGUUUAUUUGCGACUGUUUCGAUGACAUUAAUGGCGCACCGAAAGAGAUACUAUACAUACUUGAGCAGCUGAAAUGUUUCGAGAAAGGGCUUCGAAACUUUCAAUGUACCCUUGAAAAGGUGAAGCAGUCCACAGACAUAUCAGAAUCAGAAGACGAGAUCAAACUAGCCCUGGAGCUUAGUGAGCUUACUGUCAAAGAACUUCAAGAAUUCGUCAAUAAAUAUAAGCGUAAUGGGAGGAAUGAUUGGUGGAAAGGCUUUAGAUUCGCCAAAAAGAAGAAUGUAUUCACCAAAUAUGCCAGCAGACUCCACCAGGCGAAGAUCGAUAUUAUUGGCAUACAAUCCAGAUUGAAUCUUAUUGUUACCACAGACAUACAACAAAUGGUACUUGCAGCUGCCACCACACAAUCUACGCCCAGUGCCUCGACAACCAUAAUAACUACACAAACCACCCAAGCUUCGAACAGAAAAGAAGUUCUUAUUAGCGAUCGGACCUACGAAGAUGUCACAUAUGCCAUCCAUGAAGGUGUUUAUGCUGGACUUGACCCAAUUUUGGCGCAAAUGGUCAAGAACAGUGUCAACGUUGCUCUAAAAGACUUCAAUCUCAACAAUCGAUCUGAUAUUGGAGCUGAAACCGUGAGCAAACACUUGCUUAAGAAAAACGAACAGUUGCCGGCAGCCAGGGAUUGUGGCGACAACGUCUUAAUAAAUGGGCUCAGCAAUCCUAGGGUUGUUCAACAAACCACCACGAAAAGCACAAUUAAUGCUUGGCUCGCGACAAUAAUUAUUCGAUCAACAACGACAAUCUUACAACAAAGAUUUUGCGACGAUACAAGCGAUUCAGAAGAGCCCUUAGUAACCUCAAAAACUACCCACAAGAUUGAUAUUCGUCCCAAUUAUCUUAUACAAGCCCGGUAUCUUGUGUUCAUCGAUCAGCAAAGGAGGGGUUCAAUUUUUGGAUGUUCUGAUAUGCGAUUAAGAUGCUAUAAUAACGUCCCAUUGGAUGCUCCAAUUGCCAAAGCUUGUCGUAUGGGUGACUUAUCCAUGGUGCGUAGAUUAUUUGCGGAGGGAAAAGCUACCAUUCAUGAUAUGACAAUAUCCCCCAGGGAGAGAUGGCCCAUGUCCUCACUACUUUUCCAUGUUUGGGAGGAAUGUUAUUGUACCAUCUUCAUAUUCAACGCAAUCACCGACGAAUAUGGUAUUUCUGAAACCGUCGUCCGCCUCAGUAAGCUUUUCAAGGUUAUGGAGUACUUGAUAGAAGCAGGAACAGACCUAAGUGAUUCUACGCCAAAUCAUGGGACAGGAAUCACACCGUGGUUCUGGCGAGUUAUACACACACUAUUUGGGUGCCAUCGUCUGAUAAUUCCUUAUCUCGAAAAGCUUAUAAGGCUCAUUCUUAGUAAAUCGAUUCAUGACCCAUUUGAAUGCGAUGGGGUCCUAGGAGCCCGACUUCAAGAUGGUCUUUGGUACUCAAUGGUUGCUCAAUUCAUUCCUUGUGUUCAAACCCAAGAGAUCUGGCCAUUGACAGCUAUAGAGUCCAUAAAAGAUGAGUUAGAGUCGUCAAAACAAUUAUCUGGGUGUCACCUUGAAGAGCCUCCGUGGGCCCUUCUUCGCGACCCUCAAGGCCUGUAUAUCCAGAGAGUUCUUCGGUCUUUCAAAUUUGAGGACUCGACUUUGGAAUCCUACUGCAUUAAAAUCUUUAAAUCUUUCAUCAUAAUGAGCAAGGAACACGACCAUCUUUAUCCGAGGGUCAGGGAAAGAAUCAUUCAAUGCUUGAAAGCUGGUAUGAAACUCAAUCACACCAGUCAGCGCAAACGUAUACCGUAUGGCGCGACACUUUACGCAGUAUAUAGAGACAUGGGUGAAGUGAAAUUAUUGAGAUCAAUACUAAACGACGUGGGUUAUAAAAACCUCGAGAUAGAUGAAUUGUUUGAACAAGCAAGCAGCAUCAUGCUUGAGGCAUCACUCAAUUCAAUCCGACCUUCUAGAAUCAUGGAAGAGUGUAUAGCUAGUUUUAACACUGUGGAAAUGGCAAAUCCACAGCUCUUUUUGAGCAGAAAAUCGUUGAUGCUCGACCCUGGAUACCAGAAGUUUUUCCCUGAUGAAGCAAUACCGGACAGAAUUCUCGGAGCUAUUGCGUUGCGUUCAUUGCGCAACAGAAUUCAACUACUACACGAUUACAUAGGAGACAGAAGAUGUUUACAUACCAAGCUAGACCCAGGCUAUCUUGUGCAAUUUAUUUGA